AUGGAUACUCCAGCAAACUCCCCGGAUAAGCAAUGGAGCGUGGUGUCUAAUAACCCUGAGGCCCCUUGUCCGGGAACCCCAACAAACCAGUCGAUAGCUUAUCGACGUUCCGUAUGCAUCAACGGGAAGCCGAUGCCGGCUUUUGACAUAGGCAGCACAGCGAUUCGCUCUAUAGCGAGGAUAGAACUCACUAAGAGCACCAGUGGCAGUACAUCUUGCACCACGGCCAGGUGA